AUGGUCCGGUUGGCAUUACCCCAACGAUUAAGCUCACACCUGUCAGCGAGGAGCGCGUCGUCCACUCCCGGACAGAGCAGGAGUACCAGUCCUUUGCGAUCAGCCGAAACCAAAUAUCUCCUACUCAAAGUUUCAGUGAUCCGGGGACGCAACCUCGCAGCCAAAGAUCGAGGUGGCACGAGCGACCCAUAUUUAGUGGUUACAUUAGGAGACGCGAGGCAAUCGACACCGACCAUAUUCAAGACCCUGAACCCGGAAUGGAACGUCUCAUUCGACAUGCCCGUGGUGGGGGUACCACUGUUGGAAGCUAUAUGCUGGGAUCAUGAUCGGUUCGGCAAGGAUUACCUGGGCGAGUUUGAUAUUGCAUUGGAGGACAUCUUCGCUGAUGGCCAGGUGAAUCAACAGCCUAAAUGGUACACUUUGAAUUCCAAGCGGAAGUCGUCCAAAAGGAAGGACAGUACGGUGUCUGGCGAGAUCUUGCUGCAGUUCUCGCUCGCCGAUUCUGCGAACCCCACUGCCACGCCGCCAGAAAUCUACCGCAAGUUCCAGAAAUUGGUAUACUCGGGUGAUGAGGAUGAUCAGAUCAUCCCUCCCGCCGAUUUCGAUGAUUUAGAACAGGACGAUGACAAUGAUACCUCUGAUGAAGCUGAUGACCUGACAGGUGGCCCAGAAGUGGGGGAAAAGCGCCGUCGGCGACUUCGGUUGGCUCGCUUGAGACGCAAGUCCCUGGCAGCUCGUGCAUACCAAUUCUCAGGCUCGGGGACUGGAGUGCACGGUAUCGUUUUCAUGGAAAUUGUUCGAGUGACUGAUCUGCCCCCUGAACGAAAUGUAACGCGGACAUCGUUUGACAUGGAUCCUUUUGUCGUGACCUCUCUCGGAAGGAAGACCUUGAGAACACCUGUCAUCCGCCAUAACCUGAACCCGGUGUAUAAUGAGAAAAUGGUGUUUCAGGUGAUGCGACACGAACAGUCUUAUACUAUCAGCUUCACUGUGAUAGAUCGAGACAAGUUCUCGGGAAAUGACUUUGUUGCCUCUGCCGGUUUCCCUCUGCAGAAUCUCGUUCAGUCCGGCCCAGAAGCAGACCCCGAGACGGGACUAUAUCAGUUUGCAGAGGAUCUGGAGGAAUCUGAUCCCACUACGAAUACCAAGCUCGGUACGCGAUCUGGAGUUAGCCCCUCGCGAUCUAGUAUCAGACCCUCGCACUCUUCGUCAAGCCUCUCCAGAAUGACUCGGCCUAUAUUAAAAACGCGUCACUCUGCCACUACACCAUCAAGCCAAUCAACACUCGAAGCGCCAUCGCCGAAUCUGCUUGCGCCCUCCUCCCUUCCAGGCGAAGGAAUUUCAGAUAUGGCUAGUUCUAGCUCAUUGCAGCUGUCCACGUCGAACAUGUAUGAUGGCGAGUCGUCUCCCCCGCCUGACAAGGACGGCUUCAGAUCUUAUACUAUUCCCCUCAUGCUCAAGAAUAAAGAACGUUGGGAAGACAAACAUUCGCCAGAGCUGCAUGUCAAAGCAAAGUACUUGCCGUACAGUGCUCUCCGACAGCAGUUCUGGAGGUUGAUGCUUAAGCAAUAUGACGCUGACGAGAGUGGUCGUAUUGACAAGGUGGAGAUGACGACAAUGCUUGACACUCUGGGCUCAACGCUAAAGGAGUCGACAAUUGACAGCUUCUUUGAACGCUUCAGCGCAGAGAAUGCGGCCAAUGAAACCGAUGAUCUGACAUUCGACCAGGCGGUGGUUUGUCUGGAGGACACGCUUCAAACUCUGCAGAAGAGAAAUUCAAUGGCUGCUCCCAGAACGCCUUCGAUUCCUCUGUCAAAUGCUGGAAGUCAAGAUAGUGAGCAAUCUAGCAGCGACGAGCACGUUCUGGAAACCAAUAUCACUGCUGCUUCCAAUACCGACCCGCAGAAAACAUCUAUCCCAACUCUGUCCAGUGAAGAUCAAUCUAGCUCCGCUGAUGAGUACCUUCAGCCUGAUGAUCUCGGAGACGAAAGGGGCGAGGAGCACGUCGUCGAAAUUCGCGAGUGCCCACUUUGCCACCAGCCACGUCUUGCGAAACGCUCUGAUGCAGAUAUCAUCACGCACAUUGCUACGUGCGCAAGUCAAGACUGGCGCCAGGUUGACAACUUAGUUAUGGGUGGCUUUGUGACUUCCAGCCAGGCACAGCGCAAGUGGUACUCGAAAGUCAUCACAAAGAUUUCAUACGGCGGAUACAAACUCGGAGCGAACUCGGCCAAUAUCCUUGUACAAGAUCGCAUCACGGGUCAGAUCAACGAGGAACGCAUGAGUGUUUAUGUGCGACUUGGAAUCCGGCUGUUGUAUAAGGGCAUUAAAAGUCGUGAUAUGGAAAAGAAGCGAAUCCGCCGCGUGCUGCGCUCUUUGAGUGUCAAGCAAGGUCGUAAAUAUGACGACCCAGCCUCGGCAUCUCAGAUCACGGACUUUAUCAAUUUCCACCAGCUGGACAUGUCCGAAGUCCUGCUCCCCCUGGAAGAUUUCCGCACUUUCAACGAGUUCUUCUACCGUGCCCUCAAGCCUGACGCCCGUCCGUGCUCCGGUCCCGAUGAGCCUAAGAUUGUUGUAUCUCCCGCCGACUGUCGCUCAGUGGCCUUUGACCGCAUGAGCGAUGCAACCAGUAUCUGGGUCAAGGGCCGUGAGUUCUCGAUUGAAAGAUUGUUGGGCAACGCUUACCCAGAGGAUGCUGCUCGAUACCGAAGCGGUGGUCUUGGAGUGUUCCGUCUGGCACCUCAAGAUUACCACCGCUUCCACAUCCCCGUAGAUGGAAUCAUGGGUGAACCUAGGACCAUCGAGGGCGAGUACUAUACGGUGAAUCCCAUGGCGAUCCGAUCCGCCUUGGACGUCUACGGCGAAAAUGUCCGCAUUCUCGUUCCUAUUGACUCUGUUGCGCAUGGCCGAGUUAUGGUUGUCUGUGUUGGUGCCAUGAUGGUCGGUAGCACGGUCAUCACCCGGAAAGCCGGCGAGAAGGUUUCACGGGGUGAAGAGCUGGGCUACUUCAAAUUCGGUGGUAGCACCCUUUUAUUGCUCUUUGAAGAUGGCAAAGUCAAUUUCGACAGGGACCUGGCGGACAACUCCAAGGGUGCUCUGGAAACUUUGAUCCGAGUUGGCAUGUCGGUCGGACACAGCCCGGAUAUUCCUCAGUAUGAACCUGACAUGCCCAAGAAGGCAGAGAAUAUCACUGCCGAGGAGAUGCAAGAUGCCAAGCGGCGCAUCGAGGGCAGCCUGGCACCACCAGGCAAGGCUUCCACCUUACUCAAGUCGAUCCAAUGA